AUGAUCAUUGCAAAUGCAACAGGAUGCUCAUCGAUCUGGGGCGCUUCUUAUCCUUCUGUGCCCUACACGACAAACCAGAAGGGAUACGGGCCUGCAUGGGGAAAUUCGCUGUUUGAAGACAACGCUGAAUAUGGAUACGGAAUGAUUGUUGCACUCCAACAUCGACGUGAACGAUUCCAUAAUUAUGUCAAAAGUUUCUUGAAGAAGGAUCGAAUUGAAGAUCUAAAUCCUGAGAUCUACGAAAAACUCAAUGACUUCGCGGAAUGCUGGCAAGACGAUCCGGCCGCAUGUACCAGGCUUUUUGAGGAUCUCUCCAAAUUACUGGAUGCAGAAACUGUGCAAAAGGAUUCCUUGUUGAAGAAAAUCAGCGAUGAGAAGUCACUCAUUCCAAAGUUUUCCCAUUGGGUUAUUGGUGGUGAUGGCUGGGCGUACGAUAUCGGCUUUGGAGGUCUAGAUCACGUGAUUGCUUCGGGAAUUGAUGUGAAUAUUCUUGUUCUUGAUACGGAAGUUUAUUCAAAUACUGGAGGUCAAAUUUCGAAAGCAACUCCUUUGGGUGCGGUUCACAAAUUUGGUGCUGCUGGUCAUUUGCGUAAUAAGAAAGACCUCGGAAUGAUUGCAAUGGAAUAUGGAAGCGUUUAUGUUGCUUCUGUCGCGUCGAGUGCUAACAUGUCUCAAGUUGUCAGAGCAUUCGUCGAAGCAGAGAAAUACCACGGGCCAUCCAUUAUCUUGGCUUAUGCUCCAUGGAUACAUCAAGCCUUUCAGUGCUCAAAAAGUCCACUGCAGCAUGGCUGUGGACUCUGGUUACUGGCCGCUCUACAGAUACAAUCCGACCUUGAAGUGGUUGGUGAGCCACCAUUGCAACUGGACUGCAAGAAAAUUAAAUUGGACGUUCGAGAUCUUCUCCGAAAAGAAAAUCGGUUCGAGCAGUUAUACCGAACGAACCCAGAAUUGGCUCAACAUGUUGAAGAUCAAGUUCAUACGUGGAUCAAUAAACGAUUUGAUAACUUGAAAGCUCGCGCAACUGGAAUCACUGCAGGCCACGCGUUGGAAGCUAUUGGGACUGGAAACACAAACAGGAUUCACAUUUUAUAUGGAAGCGAAACUGGUAAUGCUGAGGAUGUUGCAAAUCGUCUUGCCGCUCUUAUGAAGCAACGCACUCUGAUUCCUCAAGUAAUGCAAUUGGACGAAGUCGAGGUGGAUGAACUUGCUGAUAUGGAGUCAGUCGUUGUUAUUUGCUCAACUGCUGGCCAAGGAGAAUUUCCUGGAAAUGGAAAAGUUUUGUUCGAAUCACUUGAGAAAAUUGACCAAAAGGACCUUUUAUCCAAAAUGACGUAUGCGGUCUUCGGCUUGGGAGAUUCCUCAUACAUCUUUUUCAAUGAAGCAGCCAAGAAGUAUGACGCUAUUUUCGCUGAUCUUGGUGGAAAACGUUUGAUUGGAUGUGGGCUUGGCGACGAUCAGCAUGAAGAGAAAUAUGAAACCGCUCUCUCCGAAUGGCUUCCAGAAUAUUGGACAGAAUCAAAAGCACCAGAGCCUCAAAAUGUGAGCGAUGAACCUGGAGAUUCAAUGUACAAGGUGGAGACGGUGACGAGUCAUGUUGAUUACAAACGAUGCAUUCCUUAUGGGGCUGUUGCUGUGAAGCUUGAUGUUAGUCGCCGGAUGACUCCUGAUGAUUAUGAUGUUGAAGUGCGUCAUCUUGAGUUUGAUCUGACGGGAACAGGAUUGCGUUACGCGCUUGGGGAUUCUUUGGCAAUCUUUCCUGAAAGCGAUCCUCAAUUAGUUGAAGAAUUCUGUGCUUUCUUUGGAUUUGAUCCUGAGUUGAAGAUUCGUAUCAAAAGGGCAGGAACUGAAUCGAGUGCAAAACAUGAGGCAUUGUUCAAACAACCAAUGUCUGUCCGUCAGCUGCUUUCUGAAUGCAUCGAUAUUGGAGGAAAACCCAACAGAAUGUUUUACGAAAUCUUGUAUAAGUACUGCACUGACUCUGCUGAGAAGGAGAAGGCCAAAGCGCUUUUGCUGAAGGAGAACAAGAAAAGUUUUCUUCAAAUGACAAACAAGGGAAAUGGUGCAUUGUUUUGA